AGUUUUAGAAACUUGUACUGUUCCGUUUGUCGUUGUUUCUCAGCCUCCACGCACACAGAACAAGAGAGAUGAUGAAUAGACUUACAGACGACCUCGUGACCGACAUUCUCUCGAGGCUGGCCAUCAAAACCCUCAUGCGAUGCAGGUGCGUAUGCAAACUCUGGAGCAAUUUAGCACGCGACCUUCGAUUCAUUCACGCCCACCUCAACAAUCGAUCCUCCCGGCAAAACCCUAGUUUCAUUCUCAGCACUACCAUCUGGUUCAAUUCCGCCUUCCGCAGCCAAAUCUACUUUCUAGAACACAACGAAACCCUGGGUUACACUUGUGAAGAGAAUAUUCUGGGAACGAUAAUGGGUUUUGGAUUUAACCCAAAAAGAAACGAAUAUAAGGUAGUAGAGAUUGUUCAUUGCUCUGGAUCUGCAAUGGCUUCGGAAUUUCAUUCUCGGGUUUAUGUGCACACUUUAGGUGAUGGGUCUUGGAGAGGUAAAGGGAAUUUUCCUUGUUUAAUCCCUUGGGAACCUGCUUCUUCGGAAGCAUUUGUGUGUGGAGCUCUUCAUUGGCUAUGUUUAUCCCCUGCCAAGCAAAUUGCUUUUUUUGAUAUUACAAAUGAAGUAUUUGGAUUCAUACCGUUUCCUGAAAUUGCAGUAGGUGGUGGUGGAGGUAGUUUAUCAUUGGCAGUAAUGGAUGGAUGUCUUUCCAUCACGGGCUCUGCAUUUCAUGACCAUAUUGAUUUGUGGAUUAUGAAGGAUUAUGGUGUUAAGGAGUCUUGGGUUAAAUCUUUCUCCAUAUGUUUUAAUCAGGUUAUGUGGAACAAUUUUCAAACUCCGUGCGUUCAGGGAAAUGGAGAACUUUUGAUGCUGUAUAAGAAUCAAGCUUUGUUUUCUUAUAGUCCCCGGACCAUGACAUUGAGGAAGCUUAGCAUUGCAGGGCUUCCAUCUUGGUUUGAAAUGGUUAACCAUGUAGGGAGCCUUGUUUCUGUUUCAGGCCGUUAAAGAAACAAAAGAGAAUAUUGAGAGGUCGAGAUGAAUGGAGCUGGAAUGUUGAAUGAAGAUGCAAGGAAAUUGAGGCCAAUCACAAGGAUUAUUCUUGUGUUCUCCUUGAAGAAGACGUGUGGUUGGAGUCUCGUGUCGCAUAGUUUAUGAUCUUUUGAGUUAGGGGUGAAGUAGCCAAGGCUUAUAGGAUUGCUUCGGGUUCAUUUCCCAUCAACUGCUGUAGUGUGGCAUCAGAGACCUGAGUUUGUAAACCUUUCUUUGAACUUAUUCGUGCUUUUGUUUUCUAAUUUUACUUUACUGAAAUUAGAAAAUAUGGUAUUUCUAUUUGAUAUAUAUAUAUAUAUAUAGGUGUGUGUUUCUGUGUGUGUUAGAAUCAAACUGAAGGCAGUAGUAAUAGCUGUGCUUUGUAGUUCUUACUGCAGGUAGGUGGUCCAUUACAAAGUUUUACUCGUAUGAAUUAUUGUUUAGCCUAAGCACACUCGAUUGUCAUUUAUCUAUAAUUAGCAUCCAAGUAUAAACUUAUUUGGCUCUUUAUGAAUUGUUUCAGUUUAAGCUUCCAGGUUGGAAACAUGAGCUAGAAACAAAUUCAAUUUCGCAUUAUUAUGAAUGUUGGAUACCAAUUACCAGGGGCCGAAAAGAAAGAAGAUGAAUUUGUAGGGUAAUUGUUAAUUGCUUGUUUCAAAGCACUCCAACUAAUCUUUUCAUUCUUUUUACUGGACUACAAAACACUAAUUAUCCAGCUGACUUGUAAUUUUAGUCGGCUUUUUUCAUUUACUUGAAAUUAGUGGAAUAAGACACAACAAAAUAAUUCACUUCUGUUUUUCCAAAUAUAGCUCAUUUCUCCAUUGUUUUAAUUUAGUACACUCAGUGAUUUAUGAAAUACUCUUUAUUUACAAAUAUCCUUCUUAUUACAUCUACUUUAUGAAUCUCUAUUUUUAAAAACAAAUUAAACUAUAAUUUAUUUUCAUUCUAUUAGUUCGAAUCCAUUAGCAUUCCUUUCUAUUCUCAAAGAACCGCAGAUGGCGAGCUACUUUUCCGCUGGACCUCCCUUACAGUAUUGUGGCCGCAGUAGACAAAUUCAUCUUCUUUCUUUUUGGCCCCUGGUAAUUGGCAUGCUUCAUUGUUUAUUUUACCUUUUUCAAAGCACUCUUCACUAAUCUUUUAUUUCCUUUUGCUGGAAUACAAAACACUAAAUUAUCCAGCCGACUUGUAAUUUUAGUUGGCUUUCCCUAUUACUUGAACAGUGGAAUAAGACACUACAAAUAAUUUUUUUACUUCUGUUUUUCCAUCUUUGGCAAAUUGAAAUUUGUUAACGUUUACUGGUAUGCUUGGUCAUUUUUUCUUUUGUCUAGUUGAUUGCAAGUGAGGCAGGAAAUAGUUCUUGAAUAGUUUCAGAUUUAAAUGCCUAAAUUUUGGUUGUGAAUUUUGAACUUGUUGAUCAUUUGGUCCCAAACUACUGUAGGUUGUUAGCUGUACUUCAUUACACCACUAGAGGAAUGGACUUACAGUGCUCUUCUUCCUAGAGUAUGUUCUCCGUCCAUAAUUUUCCUUUACUGCUUGGGAAGUUAUCAUGAACUAAGAAGAGAACGUAACAGUUUGAACGAAAGAUGCUAAUAUUAUACUCAACUUUUAUUGUUCCUUCUGUUGCGGAUUAUUUAGCUUUAAGACAGUUCUGGCUUGUCUCUGAACAUCUGCGAUUCACAUUAUUCUGCAUUUUUGGACCAAGUUGAUGGCAAUGAGCUUUGGAAGAUCAAGUAAAUUUCAUCAUCAGAAUAUUACAGACCCACCGAUCUUAGCCUUCCACAUUUUUUGAUUGGAUUGUUAAAGGAGGGAGACCUUGCAGUAUUAAGUGUUAUUCUCCAACUUGUAUGAGUGAAAACACAUUAAGGCAGCAUUGAAGUAUAUCAUAGUAAUUUAACAUACAUAUUGGGCAGGCCAGCUGAGGUUGGUUGGACUGAAGUAUAUUAUGGUUCCCAUAUCUGAGGAGCUAUAGGUGGUUGUGAAGUAGCUGAAGAAUCAGAGCUUAUGUUAGGUGAUGGAGCACAUCCUUGAUGUGUUGGUUUGUUUAGAGUAUGCCCAGGUGUGUAAUUCUACACACACACACACACACACACAGAGUAGUGUAGUCUUGCUGCACGGGGAGCAAGAAAAUUCAUCCACACUUUCUAAAUUUUAAUUUUCUCUUUACUUUUAUUGUUAUUUUAUUAGCCCCACACAAAUUAGGGUUUUCGAGUUUCCAACUACUAAACCCUGUACACACAAAUUCAAGAGAGAUAUAGGAUGGAUAAAGUUGAAUAUGACAACAUUGUCAUCCACAUACUCACAAGACUGCCAGUGAGGUCCCUCAUGCAAUGCAGUUGUGUAUGCAAACGCUGGCACAACUUAGCACGUGACCGUCAAUACAUUCAGUGCCACCUCAAUCGAUGAGCCCAAGAAAAUUCUAGUCUCAUUCUCCAGGGUACCUGUGGGAAUAAUCUACCUCUAUGAACAUAACCAAGCACAUGAUUACACUUGUACAAAGGUCAGACUUCCACCCAUCUAUCUCCAAAAUAUUGAUGCAGUACUUCUAAUCAGUUCUUAUUGUGGUCUCUGUUUGAUCUGUUCUCGCAACAAAAUGAAAAUUUUCUAUGUAUCUAAUCCUAGUAGCGGAUCUUAUCUUAGACUCCAUGACCUGAUCAACCCGAAAUUCGAAGCAUGGAAUACUCUCAUUGAAAUUGGAUUUUACUCUGAAAGUAACGAAUGCAAGUUAGUUGCAAUGUAUACAUGCAAUAACUAUAUGCCGUUGGAGGUUUUUGUGCACACUGUAGGUACAGAUGGGUGUUGGAGAGGUAUGGGGUAUGUCCCUUAUGUAAUUAAAUCGCAAUUGUGUAAAUACAUAUUGUUCAUAUAUGGUAAUAUUCGUGUAUGGAUCUCUUCACUGGAUUUGUUCGUCCCCUCUUAA